AUGGCUUCACCUCCGACUCCGCCUCCGCCUGCACCGGCGAGUGAAGCGCUAUGCAAACGAUGCAAAUGCAUAGUUUGUGGUGUGACGUUUUCGACGGACUGGUCCACCACCACAACGACGUUCUUCGCUGACCACUGCCAGAAAUGUUCCUUAGACCUUCGCAACAUUCGUAAGGCGUGCGAUGUGGACGGCGAUGAUGACUCCGAGCCGGAAGCAGAGGACAUGCUGCGUCCAGUUUGUAAUUAUUGGUCAUGGCGAGGCACGAAAGACUACCUGAAGGCGCUCGCGAAGACUGAUGUGGAGGAGUAUCGCAAAGUUUUUGCGAAGUUUCGUGAGGAAACGAAAGGUGUGGUGGGUCGCGGCAAGAAGAAGGGCAGCUUCAACGUGCUGCAGUACUUGGAGGGCACCGAUCUUCGCAAGAGGGGCCGAGAGGUUGCCAACUUCACGGCAUUUACGCAAUCCCAGUACAUCAAGUACUUCACCACCUCAACAGAGCUUGCGGACGAUGAGCUGCUCACUGAAGCUGAAGCUCAGCUGGCUUGGUUGAGAGACAAGAAGAACCCGGAGAUCGAGAAGGAGUCGAGGAAGCUCCUCAACCGAAAAACGGGAUUGUUCGAGGACAAAGAUAUCAUGUGGAUCCCGACGACCUUGAAGAAGAAGAAAGAACAGAUAGAAGAUCAGUUCAAAAAGGUCAACAAGGUUGACCAGACGGACAAGGUGACUGAUGCAACCGUGAAGGCUGCAAAGGCCCGCUUGACGGGGUUUUUGUCCUUCCAGCCUGACGACGAGUUCUUCGGGAGUUCAAGCAUCUUCGUGGACGAGGGCCAGGAUGAUAGUGUGACCGUGCUUACGCCACAGCAGCUGAAUGCCAAGGCCAGAGCCAACACCAAAGCCAAGGCCGGCAAGAAAAAGAAGCCGGAGGACAUUUCAACUUUGCGGGUGAAGCAGGCCACCAAGCUCCUGCCACAUCUGCGGCUCUUGAACGGCAUGUUCAUGGAUGUGAAGACGAAGUGGGAGUCGUUCCGGCAGGAGCAUGAAGACUUGCUGCAGACCUACCAGCGCCUUACGAAGAAAGGUGUUGACCGGGAGAGAGCAGUCAAAGAUGCAAGCGAGCUGGGCUUGGGUGAACAGGCGAUGAUGGUGAAGCUGAUGUAUUCGGUUAUGCACCGGCUCGAGUUGGUGCAGCUCAUGGCGUUCGGCUGUGGUGGCUACGUUCUGAUGCCGCAGCCGACAGCUGCGGACAAUGAGCCUGAUGCGGCUGAGAUGGAGAAGCCUGGGCCCAAGGAUGCGCAGGACGCUUCCGCAGCCUUCAAGAAUCUCCUGAUGAAGGAUGAGUUUCUGGAGACGUCAGCGUCCAAGGCCGACGUCUUCGCCUGCGUGUCCGAUGCCGACUCACUCUACGCAACUUGCACCGAUAAAGACGCCUUGACAAAGCGCGCAGACGAGAUCUCUGACAGCUUGAAAGAUAUGAAAUUGGUCGUUGCGGCCUUGAAGCGGUCGAUGAAGGAUGUACAAGGAACUGGCAAGCAGUUGCAGAAGGCGAAGGACAGGUACGACCAGGAGAAGGCUCGCGCGACCUCAGGCACAACCAGCGGGACCUUGCAAGGGCGGCCGAACCUCAGCAACUUGGCCGUGCAGGACACUGACCCGCCGGUUAUCCGCGGAUACAAGCACAUGCAUGCCAAGCGCGAGAUGCUGUUGGUGAAGAACGUUGAUGAGGCCAUUUCAAAGAUCGACGUGGGCACCGGCUUCAUCCUGCGGAGAGGUCGCAGCGUACUUCAAGCGAUCGUGAAGGACGCCGGGGUCAAAGCGACGCUUGAGGCCUCCCUUGAGGAGUUCAAGAAAAAGCUCGGAGAGACCACUGUGGCAAGGUUUCAGAUUCAAAGCUGA